AAACAACAGUAUGUUCGGCUCAGACAGUUGGUUGCCUUGAACAGCUUUGUUUCAUUUAGCAAAUCUUAAUAACUGAUCGAUAAACUCAGCGCAUCAAAACUUACAGCUAAAACAGAGUAAUUUGCUGUUGUAUCCGGUACCAUGAAUUUCUCAGAGGUCUUAAAACAGUCCAAUCAAUUGUCCAAAGUUUCUCCUGAUGGAAAAUAUAUGGCAACCUGUGUUCAGUAUCGUCUGAUGGUCCGGGAUAUCAACACCCUUCAGAUUGUGCACCUGUAUUCCUGCAUGGACCAAGUAAUGCACAUGGAAUGGUCCGCUGACUCUCUAUUUAUCCUUUGUGCCAUGUACAAGAGAGGACUAGUGCAGGUAUGGUCACUAGAACAGCCGGAUUGGCAUUGUAAGAUAGAUGAGGGUUCGAUUGGACUCGUCUCAUCACGCUGGAGUCCUGACGGGCGUCAUAUACUCAACACCACUGAGUUCCAUUUAAGAAUAACUGUCUGGUCCCUUUGCACAAAAUCUGUAUCCUACAUCAAGUAUCCUAAAGCCUGUCAGAAAGGGAUGGACUUUACCUCUGAUGGUCGUUAUAUGGCUCUGGCGGAGCGACGGGAAUGUAAAGACUACAUCAGUGUGUUUGUGUGUGAUGACUGGCAUCUUCUCAGACAUUUUGAGAGUGAAACUCAAGAUCUGGCAGGGCUGGAGUGGUCUCCUAACGGCUGUGUGCUUGCAGUGUGGGACAGCUGUCUGGAGUAUAAAAUGUUGUUGUAUUCGCUGGAUGGCCGUCUGUUGUCCUCCUACAGUGCUUAUGAGUGGUCUCUCGGCAUUAAGUCUGUCACGUGGAGUCCCAGCAGCCAGUUCCUGGUCAUUGGCAGCUAUGAUGAGAAGGUUCGGAUCCUGAAUCAUAUCACCUGGAAAAAGAUCACGGAGUUUGAGCACCCAGGGACAAUAAGCAACUCCAAAGCUGUGGUAUUUAAGGAGAUGGAGAAAAGUGCUGUUGUGGGCAGAGAUGAUCUUUCUAUUCAUCAGUUAACUGUGGGUAACUCGCUCUUUAGCACACAGAGCAAAUAUGAGAUAACACAGCUGCCAACCCAAGUUCCAGUGAUCAAGCCCGAUCUAGACCGCGCCAACCCUAAAAUCGGCAUCUCUGCCAUGGCUUUUAGUGCCGAUAAUCGCUACCUGGCUACAAAGAAUGAUAACAUGCCUCAGAGUCUGUGGGUGUGGGACAUGCAGAGACUCAGUCUACUGGCUGUGCUUGAACAGACGGCUCCGGUACGUUGUUUUAACUGGGACCCUUGCAGACCCCGACUGGCCCUCUGCACCGGAAACACCAGAGUUUAUCUCUGGUCACCAGCUGGUUGCGUGUCUGUAAACGUACCAGUAGAAGGCAGUUUCCAGGUUCAGUCUUUGUUUUGGCACUGCAGUGGCAACUCGCUUAUCCUGUUGUCUAAGGAGCAGCUCUGUCUGUGUUACAUGGACUCUGAUGAUAAGAAAUAAACCGAGGGGCUUCAUCAAUACUUCCAAGAGUUUGAUCUUACAAUACAGAACUUGUUUCUAUUUAAAAAAAAGAUGAAAUACUUUCACGUGAGCAUGAGAGACGCAAACAACACUAGUGAAAAUAUUGUUCUUGCAUCCAUACAUCAGCACGUCAUCCCAUUUUUCAAAUGGGAUUUUUACUGGAUUAUUUCAUUUUAACUAAAAGAAAUCUAAAUUAAAUCAGAAAUUCAGUCACAAGUACAGUUGUCAAGGAGUCAAACUUUGAAUCUGAUACAGCAGCUGUGAUAUGUCUGAUAUCUGUGAUAUGUACACCAGUAGUAUAGUGUAUAUGAACUGAUUCAAGCAUUCUCUAAGAUCUGCUUCUCAUGUCCUUAGUUAUAGCUGUUACACAUGAAAAACCAAACGUACAGUACUGUAUCAUCUUAAAAAUACAACAAAUGUAUGAGACUUCAGCAUUACAGUUUUGUAGCCGUGUUUUUAAAAUGAAUUUGAAUUGUAAAUGUAAAGCCUUUUGAUACGUUGAUAAUGUCUGUGUUGUAUUUUUGUGUGUGUGUGUAAAAUUGUUUAGGUUUAUUUUUAUAGGAUUUGUAAUAAACUAUAUUGUAUAAA